AUGUUUGCCAUAUUACAGCUUAAAAAUAAGUUGAGGUGCUGGGAUUUUCGAUUUCCGUUUGCGGAAAGACAUCUUUUCAUUGACGUAACUAAUGCCAGCGAGUCAGAAAGCAUACAUUACUGUAUAAUAGUAUUAGGCGUAUGGUUACUGUAUAAGUCUGUAGUGUGUAAUCACACGGGUGAGGUACUUUUACACAACGUGUUUUAAAUGCAAUUUCCAACCUUUUUUCAUCAUUUCUCGAUUGUAGCUAUUCUACGAUCACUUAAGACGAAAGUAAUCUUAAGAUCCAAUUUUAGUCUGCUUUAUUGGUCCAUUCGUAAACGGUUGGUCGUUCUUACAACAGGUACAGUGGCCACCACUGAGUUUAAAGUAAUUAAAUUCGUUCCCUUCCUUUCCGUGUCGUCGACAUCUAUUUUUUAGGUGUUCCUUCGCUCUAGAAAUCUAAUAGCAAAAAGGUUAUUCGCAUGAGGAUAUGUCACACGUUAAAAGACUCCGCUGGUACAGACAGCUGGAUGCCGACUGCUGCUGCGGCAACGAUGGAUUAUGCAGGGAAGAAACAAAUCCUGA